AUGAUGUGUCCAGCCCUUCCCAUCCUCUUUGCCAUCCUGCUCCUCUCAGCCAGGGCCUCAGGAGCGCCGAGCUUCGUGGUGGUGUCCCCGGCUGUGCUGUACCACCCCCAGCCUGCCACGCUCUGGGUGCACCUCAGGGACCUCCAGGGGCCCGUCCAGCUCCAUGUGCAGCUGCAGGGGGACAGCAGGACCCCUCCCACCACCCUACUGAGCCGAGAGGUCCUGGAGCCCCAGCUGUACCUGAACGUCACCUUCCCUGCUCCAGCCCCUGCCCAAGGGAAGGAGGAGAUCGUGGCCCUGAACGUCUCCAUCCGAGGAGAGUCCCUGGAUGUCUCCGAGGAGAAGAAGGUGAUGCUGAGAGUUCUGAGCCCCGGGGUGUUCAUCCAGACUGACAAGGCUGUGUACAAACCCGGGCAGGAAGUGAAGUUCCGAGUGGUCUCUUUGAAUAAGGACCUGACCCCCAGCAGCCAGAAGCUGCCCCUGGUGUUCCUGCAGGAUCCCAGCGGGAACCGCAUCGCGCAGUGGCGGGAGCUGAGCCCUCGGCAGGGAAUCGUGGAUUUGUCUCUCCCGCUGGCCUCGGAGCCGGCGCUGGGCACCUACACCAUCAGCGUGGAGGGGAAGAGCCACUCCUUCAGCGUGGAGGAAUACGUGCUGCCCAAGUUUGAGGUGACCAUUCACCUCCCCAGCGUGCUGUGGGAGCAGGACGAGAAGAUCCCGGUGGAGAUUUGCGGGCGCUACACCUACGGGAAGCCUGUCCAAGGGAAGGUCCAGGCUGACCUGUGCCUCAGACAGAACCUCUGGGCUCACGGGUUACAGAAGACCUGCACCCAGGUUAUGGGGCAGACGGAGAAGAACGGCUGCUUUUCCACAGAGGUUUCUCAGGCUGCCUUCAAGGAGAGUAUUUUGCCUUCAUUUUCGAGGAAGAAACUCGAAGUCGAGGCAUCACUGGUGGAGGAUGGCACAGGGCUGGAGAUGAAGAGUGCCAAGACCUGCAAGGUUUUACGCAAAUCUGUCAUGGUCACCUUUGAGAACCCUGAUCAUGCCUACAAGCCAGGACUCCCCUACAGUGGGACGAUCCGGCUGGAGGAAGCCGACGGCUCUGGGCUACCCCACAGGCAGGUCCUGCUCUCCAUCAACAACAAUAGAGAAAAGAGGACACAAAGCCUCCUGACUGACAGCUCAGGGAGAGCCUUCUUCCAGCUGGACACCUCUGGCUGGGGGGACCGGGUCUCCUUGCGGGCUAAAGUCAUUGGGACAGCUGAGAGCCAGGAGGGCUCGUUCAGGCCCCGAGGUGCCUUCCUGACCCUCAUGCCUCACUUGUCCAAGAGCGGGAGCUUCCUGCACAUCCGCGCCCCGCAGGGCGAGCUGCCCUGCGGCCACUCCCAGCUGCUCCACGUGGAUUCCAUCUUUGGCAAGGAGGCUUUGGGCACUGAGCUGAGGAGCCUGGAUAUGGUUUUCAUGGUCCUGGCCAAGGGCUCCAUAACCAGCAUCUUCAGGAAAGAGAUCUCUGCAGAGCCUGGACAGAGAUCCUCCCUCUCCCUGGAGCUGCCCAUUGGCGUGGAGCUGGCACCCAUGGUCAGGAUUCUGGUGUACGUGCUGCUGCCCAGCGGCGACAUGGUGGCUGCUGGCACUGAGCUCUCCGUGGCCAAGUGCUUCCCCUACCAGGUGAGAGGAGCUGGGCUGUCCAUGGCUGCUGCCUUGGGAUCCAUCCCGCCCCAGGAGCAACGCAGUGUCAGGGUCUCCCAACCCAGCGUGCUGCUCCUCAAGCCCGAGGCUGAGCUCAACGCCGAGGCUGUCUACAAAGCACUGCCCGAAUUCAGCAACCCCCACAGCAUCCAGGAUGAACCAUUAUGUGACUGGCUGGACUCCAAGAGGCACCCCUACAUGUUAUUCCAGGAUGCAGCACUGAAGCUCUUCACCAACAGCAGGGAGCCUUGCUGGCGCAGGCUCCACAUGGUUGGAAUGGCAGGUCCUGGAGGAGACAUGAGACUACUCCGUGGGGAAGUGGGAAGCAAUGUUUAUGAAGGAAUUAUGCCAAUGUUCACCUCAGCCAGCUCAGGCAUCGAGGGUGGGGAAGAGCCCCCAGCACCCCGGACAUACUUCCCAGAGACGUGGCUGUGGGACCUGGUCCCUGUAGGGGAGAGUGGCUCUGCCGAGAUGACGGUGACAGUGCCCGACACCAUCACAGAGUGGGAGGCUGGGAUGUUCUGUACAGCCCCACAGGGCCUGGGGCUGUCCCCUGCUGUCACCCUCACGGCCUUCCAGCCAUUCUUCGUGGAGCUGGCGCUGCCCUACGCUGUGGUGCGCCACGAGAGCUUCACCCUCAGGGCCACCGUCUUCAACUACCUGCGCCAGUGCCUGCGGGUUCAGGUGACGCUGGCAGAGUCGGUGGAGCUGGAGGUGUCACCGAGGGCAGGGGACACAUACACGGGCUGUGUCUGUGCAGAUGAAGCCAAGACCUUCCAGUGGGGCGUGCGAGCCACCAGCCUGGGGGAGGUGAACAUCACUGUGAGCACCGAGGCCCUCAGCUCCUCUGAGCCCUGUGGCAACGAGCUGCCCCUGGUGCCGACCCAGGGCCGCGUGGACACCGUGAUAAAGCCUCUGCUGGUGCAGCCCGGCGGGAUCCUGGUGGAGAAGACUCACAGCUCCCUGCUCUGCCAGGAAGGUGCUGAAGAAGUGUCCUUGGAGAUUCCUGCAAACAUCCUGGAGAGCUCCCAGAGGGCCCACAUCAUCGUGAUGGGUGAUAUCCUGGGCAAUGCCCUGCAGAACCUGGACGGACUCCUGGCCAUGCCCUACGGCUGUGGGGAGCAGAACAUGGUUCGCUUUGCCCCCAACAUCUACAUCCAGCAGUACCUGGAGAAGAGCGGGCAGCUGCUGCCGGACAUCCGCGCCAAGGCCCAGGGGUUCCUGCAGAGCGGGUACCAGCGGGAGCUGCUGUACAAACACGACGACGGCUCCUACAGCGCCUUUGGCAAGAGCGAUCCCUCGGGCAACACCUGGCUGACAGCGUUUGUCCUCAAGUCCUUCGGGCAGGCCCGAGCCUACGUGGCCAUCGAGGAGCAGCACAUCACGGACGCACUGCGCUGGCUCCAGCAGCGCCAGAGGGAGAGCGGCUGCUUCCGCAAAGAGGGCAAACUCUUCCACAAUGCCCUGCAGGUGGGGCAGGGCUGGCCUGGGGAACCCAGAGCGUGCUCUGGGCAGUGGGAGUGUCCCUGUGUUGGUGUCACAGCCUGGUCAGACCCAUGUCCUCCUGUCCCCUUGCAGGGCGGUGUCUCGGAUGAGCUCUCGCUCUCGGCGUAUGUGACGGCAGCGAUGCUGGAGCUGGGACUGCCCACGGUGGAGCCGGUGCUGAGCUCAGCCCUCAGGUGCCUGGAGGCCUCUCCCACGGAUGACCCCUACACACAAGCCCUGCUGGCCUAUGUGUUCGGGCUGGCAGGGCUGAGGGAGCAGCAGCAGGUGCAGCUGCAGCGCCUGGCCCAGCACAGCACCAGUGCAGAUGGGCAACUCUACUGGAAGAGGAAGGGGCAGGCUCAGGAGGACUUGGAGCUGUCCUGGGCUGCGGCCCCGUCGGCUGAGGUGGAGAUGACAGCCUAUGUCCUGCUGGCCUACCUGUCCCAGCCCUCGGUGUCCCCCGCUGACCUGGGGACAGCGUCCCGGAUCGUCCGCUGGCUCUGCAAGCAGCAGAACCCCUACGGGGGCUUUGCCUCCACGCAGGACACCGUGGUGGCCCUGCAAGCCCUGGCCAAAUACGCCGCCCUGACCUACGGCAGCAACGGGGACAUGACAGUGACGGUGACAUCGCCUACGGGGACGGUGCAGGACUUUGUGCUGGACAGCAGCAACCGGCUGGUGCUGCAGCGGGCGGCGCUGCCCGAGCUGCCGGGCACCUACGGGCUGCGAGCCCGUGGGCAGGGCUGUGCCCUGGCACAGGUGGGUACAGCCUGGGCCCCCCGUCCUGGGCGCUGUGCCCUCGCUGGGCUCACCCUGUCCCCUGUCCCCCAGGUGACCCUGCGCUAUAACGUGCCUCCCCCGCCCAGCACCGGGGCCUUCGAGCUGCGGGUGCAGACGGAGCUGCUGCCGGGCACGAAGAACCCGGGGUUCCUGCUCCGCCUCUGGGCACGGUACACUGGGGAGCGCCCUGCCACCAACAUGGUUGUCAUCGAGGCCAAGCUGCCAUCGGGAUACAGCCCCGAUAAGAAAUCCACGGUAGAGCUGAAGAGGCAGAACCUGGUGAAGAAGGUGGAGGUGCAGCCUGACCAGGUGACCAUUUACCUGGACGAGCUGACCAAGGAGGAGAAGACCUUUUCCUUCCAAGCCCAGCAGGACUUCGUGGUGAGCAACCUCCAGCCGGCCACCGUGUCCCUGUACGACUACUACGAGACAGGUGAGCCCUGCAGGGCCGUGUCCCCUGGUCCUGCUGCCAGCCCUGCAGCCCCAGGGGCUCAGUGGGCUCUGCCUGAUCUCCCAGCUCCCACUGAUGAGCUCUGGCUCCUUAAGGGAGCAGCUCCUCCCAGGCCCAUGGUCACCACCCCUCCCAUUGCAGGUGACCGUGUGGAUGUGGCCUACACUGCACCCCCCAGCUCAGGUAGGGGCUGAGCCUGCCAGGCCAGGGGUCACCCCACCCUUGGGACCCUGAUGGGGACCUGGAGGGCACCAGGGGAAGGAGGGCAGGGAGUGAGUGGGGACAAAGGAGCCCAUCCUGGAAUCUUGCCCCGAUUGUUGGGGAUUUGCUGGGCAGAGCUUGGGGCAGAGGUCAGGGACUGGCACUGGACCCUGCCCAGGUGUGCAGGCUGGGGGUGCAGGAGAUGCUCUUUGUGCCUCUUUGAGGGGGCUCAGCCCCCAUCAGCCCUGGCCUUCCUCCUGUGAUCCCCUGCAGCUCCCCCCUGGGGCUUUGGGGUCACACAGGGGAUAGGACACUGAGCUCCAAGGGAUGGGGCUCAGCCAGGGGGUCAGGGCCAAGCAAGGGUGGUGGUGGUGAUGGGGGUAGUGGUUCUGGGGACUCUCCUCUCACAGCACCCCCAUAUUCCCUUUUGAAGAGAAGGAAAACGUCUAACUCAGCCUGGAGCCUGGCAGCCCAUCCCUGCCCCAGCUCCUGUGGCCACCAAGAACAGCUGAGGGUCUCUGCUCCCACCCUGGCCUGGUCCUGACCCUCCAUGGGGGCAGGAGGUGGCCCAGAGACCCUCCCAGCAGCACUGGUCUCAAGCAGGGCCCCUCUGGAUAGAGCCCCAGCUUCCCCCCAGGAUCUGCAGCCAAGGGGCUCCUGCAGGCCCAAGGACACACAUGGACUUGGCUGAGCAGCCACAGUGGGCACUGCACAGGGACACCCCCAGGUCACCUCCUGCCAACCCUGCACGGGGCUCUGGGGUGCCAGCUCUGGCCUCUCCCCUCCCCACAGCACCUGAAGGGGACCCAGAGCUCCUCCCUUGUGCCAGAGCUUGCCUGGCAGGUCCCCACCACCCCUCACUCCCCACAGUGCCACCCCAGCC